AUGGAUCCAUCUAUCGACGCGUGCUUUGCUUUUGUCAAGAGUGCCAGACAUCGCACAGUGACAGCCAACACACUACGGCAGUAUCGAAGCAAGUUGCGGACGCCCUUGUACGCAACCUCAAUCUCGUGCAGGAUGUUUGGCGAGAGUACCAAGCCUCACAGACAGUGA